GAUUUCCCUCAAAAAUGGCUUCUUGUUGCCUUCACACUUCGAUACUUGAGAUAUGGUUACCUAACUGCCCAUUUGGAGCGUUAUUUUUCACACAUCAGUUUUCCAUGACAGUAAUUUUAUGCCUUCGUCCAUUCAUACCUGCCAGCUCCUGAAAUAUGCCUUCCUUACAUACGCGCAGUCAGAUGGACGAGCUUCUGAGCUUGGACGCUAGAACGAGGGAACUCAUCGCGUUCAUUGAGAAAAUGCCCUCUGAUUUGUGCGAUGUCAGGAACUUUCGCGAACAGCUGGAUAUCUACCAAGACGAGAUCAAAGGAAACAUAUCCCUUAUGUCUUCCAUUUUAAGCGAUCUUCAGAUAAAUGAAAAGGGUGCAACAAGAUAUCUCGCGUUCAAAAAUCUGCAGUCUUCAGCUGGUUUUAACACUGAGCAACUUAGUUUUCUUCAGGAUCAGUACCGCAAAGCUGUUUUCAAAGCGGUACGUCAUCUUGAAGUAAUGGAACGUGAAUGCCUCGUCCGACGUAUCCCUUUGACCGACUUGCCAACCGGUGCAAACGAUUUGGAUGCCGCUUAUGAGACAUCCCUCGAGCUCACCCGUGAUAUGACAUCUUGCGCUCGGAGGUUGGCUGAAGAAGUCCGGCUUGGUGCUGCAAACACCGAACUACUAGAAGGAUCUUCCACCCAAAUAAAACAAAAUCUCAAUGAGAUAAAAGAUAUGAGUGGUCAUAUGAAUCAGUCGCGACGACUAACUUCUCUUGCUUAUAAGCGUCGACUCACUAGCUAUGUGCUUUAUUUCCUCGCCUUCACUUUUUAUUUCCUCAGCGUUGCUGCUAUCUUUCUGAACCGUAUUCCGAUGGGCUCUUGGCUUUUACCCUCAUCAUAUCUUUGAUCUACAUGGACAAGUUGUUGCCACCUGACGGAGCAGUUCUUUUAUUUGUCUCACAAACCCUCAGCGUUCCCCUGUGCAUCCCAUAUGCACCAUCUUGUGUAUUUGGAAUGCACCACCGUAUUCUGUGCGGCCCUUGAAUUUCAAUGAGUUACAGAUCGCCAUCCACGUUCAUUUGAAGUAGUCUGCAGUACUCCUUCGCAUAGAACGCGGUCCGCAGAGUACUUUCCGCUUGUGCGUAUAUUCUUUACCUUCCAGGUGUUGUCUCACGUUAAUUUUUGUAGACUAUCGUUGCCAGCGUUGUAAUGUUGGCCUCAGUACAAAUAAACUUCGCUAGCCUAACAAGCAGCUACAUUUGAAUGUGGCGGAAACACAAUCCAACAUGCACUUUAUACAA